AUGAUAUUGUCAAGUGCCAUACCUAAGCGUUGCCGGGAAGCUUUAAACAACCUACGCAAGGAUGAUAGCCUCAUGAUCACCAAAUCAGACAAAGGAGGGGGUGUGGUUAUAAUGAACAAAGCCGAUUACAGUGUGAAGAUGAUGAACCUCCUAAGUGAUACAUCAACCUAUGAGAAGAAAUACCAAGGAUACAACAAUGUUACGUCCAAGAACUUCAACAAGGAGGCAAGGAAAAUACUUAGGAAAUCCAAGAAGGGCAAGAAACUGCUGCACUUGUUGGAAGAAAACCCGAACCCGCCAAGGAUGAGAGGGCUCCCCAAGACCCAUAAACCCUACAUCCCGAUGCGCCCCAUUACAUCAGGUAUAGGAAGCGCUCCCCAUGCACUUGCCAAGCGACUAGCAAGACCACUUUCCAACGCUUUAGGCUCAAUAAAUGGAGCACACCUACGUAACUGCGCGGACCUUAUACAACGACACAACUCGGUGGACUUCCGCAACAAGAAGAUGGCGAGCUUCGACGUGAAGUCCUUAUUCACCAACGUCCCCGUGGAAGGAGCGAUAGAAGCGGUAAAAAGGGCAUCUGAAGACAUCAACGAAGAAAAUUUACCGAUCCCGAGGGAGGACUACAUCAAUCUUGUUGAGCUUUGUGUUAAAUUUGGUGCCUUCACUUUCGAGGGACAAGAGUACUCACAACAUAAGGGACUGGCCAUGGGAUCCCCUCUAAGUGCUGUUAUGGCGUGUUUGUAUAUGGAAACACUAGAGACUGAUAACUUUAUAAGAAUAAUGAGUAGAGGCUCAACAUGGCUUAGGUAUGUUGAUGAUGUGCUAGUUAUAGUCCCAAAGGGCACGAAUAUAAAUAAUAAGUUAACAUUGCUUAACAAAGUCCAUAAGGAUACCCAAUUUACGGUGGAAGAGGAACAAGACAAUAGAUUACCUUUCCUAGAUACGGUAAUCUGGAGGGAAGAAGAAGGAGUCAGUUUUUCUGUUUACAGAAAACCCACCAAUAAGGACGAUUUCAUUCACUACCUUUCAGCCCACAGCAUGAGGGUCAAAUCUGGUGUGAUUAUUGGUUUUUACUUAAGAGCGUUCAGAAUUUGCAGCAACAACUUCCUAGAGCAAGAAAUAUGA